GAAUGAAGCGUUAACUUUACCAUAACCAAUUCUAAUUUUGAACACUCAAAAGUUUGUAAAUAUCAAAGGUUUGACCAUUAAAAUCAUUGAAUAAAAUUAAAAUAAUGGAGUUGACAGCCACCAGCGCCUCACUAAUAAACACCAACAACACCAGAAAUUUUCAAAACCAGAAGCUUUUUGAUAAGAAAAAAAAGCAGAUUAGAAGAUGUCUGCUAAUGCAAGGAAAGCAGCGGAGGGUGCAAUAGAGGCGAUAGGGUUUGGGUAUGAUAUAACAGAUGAUUUAAGGCUCAAAAACUGUAAAAAAUCUUGCAGAUUGAUCACUGUCGACGACCAUCAGGUGAGGGAUAUGGCAAUUCCAGGCGGCUUCUCCGUCCCAAAUGUUCCUAAAUCUGUUAAAUGUGAUAAAGGAGACCGCAUCAGGUUUACUUCUGAUCUUAUUUCUUUCCAACAGAUGUCAGAGCAGUUUAACCAGGAACUCUCGCUUGAUGGAAAAAUUCCUUCGGGCCAUUUUAAUAAUGCCUUUGAAUUUACUGGAAGUUGGCAGAAAGAUGCUGUCAAUACGAAAGCACUUGCUUUUGACGGCGUUUUUAUCACACUUUACAAUAUUGCUUUACAGAAAUCCCAGGCAGUGCUCUGUGAUCAUAUUAAACAAGCCGUUCCUUCAAUAUGGGAUCCUACUGCAUUGGCAAGCUUUAUUGAAAAGUAUGGUACUCAUGUGGUUGUUGGUGUGAAAAUGGGAGGAAAGGAUGUAAUAUAUGUGAAGCAACAGCAUUCAUCACUACUUGAAUCUAUUGAUGUGCAGAAAAAAUUAAAAGAUAUGGCAGAUAAGAUGUUCGUACAUGGAACUGGACAGAAUAUCAAUGAGAGGGAAAAGUUUGUCAAGGAGCAGGGACUCGCAUUUGUUGACCAAUAUCCUUCCAGCUCAUAUUGUGAAACAGAGGACCUUAGAUUCAUACACAAGAGGAAAGGUGGGUUGAAAAAGAACCUGAACCACAGUGACUGGUGUCACACUGCUCAGUUUGAACCUGAUGUUAUCUCGAUGUCGUUCAUUCCAAUCACAUCCCUAUUGAGUGGAAUUAAUGGAAGUGGGUUUUUGACUCAUGCUAUUAAUCUCUACAUCCGAUAUAAGCCUCUAAUUGAAGAAUUACAUCAAUUUCUAGAAUUUCAGCUUCCAAAGCAGUGGGCGCCUGUGUUUGGUGAGCUUGCCCUUGGUCCAGAUAGGAUGCAACAAAGUAAUGCAUCAUUGCAGUUCAGCUUCAUGGGUCCUAAGCUCUAUGUUAAUACGUCACCGGUUGAUGUAGGGAUGAAGCCAACUACUGGUCUUAGACUGUAUUUGGAAGGGAAAAGGAGUAAUUGCUUAGCAAUUCACUUGCAGCAUCUCUCCUCAAUGCCGAAGAUCUUCCAGCUUGAGGCCGAACACAUUGACAAUGUCUCUAAUCCUUCCUCUGAACGCAAAUACUAUGAGAAGGUUCAGUGGAAGAGUUUCUCGCAUAUCUGCACAGCCCCUGUUGAAAGUGAAGAAGACCUUGCACUUGUCACAGGGGCCAAUUUUGAAGUUGGAGAUUCUGGACUAAAAAAGGUUUUGUUUUUACGGCUCCAUUUCUCCAAAGUUGUCGGUGAAGCAGUUCUCAGAAAGAGCGAGUGGGAUGGUUCUCCUGCCAUGGCCCAGAAAUCUGGAAUAAUCUCAUCAAUUAUCAGCACUCGCUUCUCCACUGCUCAAAAACCACCUCCAAAAGAAAAUGAUGUGAACAUAAAUUCAGCCAUAUACCCCGGGGGCCCUCCUGUGGCUGCCCAGGCCUCUAAAAUGUUGAGGUUUGUCGAUACUACGGAGAUGACAAGAGGACCGCAAGACUCGCCUGGAUACUGGGUUGUGUCUGGAGCAAAGCUUAAUGUUGACAAGGGCAAAAUCUCUCUGAGAGUCAAGUAUUCUCUCAUAACUUUGAUUUUACCUGAUGAAGAGUUGCCACUGAAUGUAUAACUAGUAAAGAAGCGAGUCCUUGCAUCCUAGACGAGAUUGCUGAUCAUUGUGGUAAAUUGAUCUGUAUCAAAGGAUUCAGCGAGGGUGUUGUAUAUAACUAUUUUUCUAGUGUGCAAGUUCUAUUUGAGCUUACUUUAUGCAGAGCUGUUGUGUUACUCAUAAUUAAUAUUAUUUUUCUCAAGUAGAAGUUACUUUGUAGCAGAUUUGGAGGUAUUUCUUUUACAUAAUAAUCACUUGAUGUGAUUUUGCCCA